AUGUCCCACCCCCCGCACCCAACCCCCUACCACACCCCCACCCACACCCCCUCCACGCCCCCCACCUGGUCCCCCACCCUCCCCACCCUCACCGCCCUCACAACGCACACCCACCCCGCCACGCUCCUCCCCACAACACACCCCACAACCCUGCACGCCCUAACCCUCUCGGCCGCCGCAACCCUGCGCUCUGCCGCGACGCAGUCGGAGCUGCACCAGGCCGCGGCUAUCGCGGUGGCACUGGAGGAGGUCGUCGCUGUACACCGUGUGGUGAGGGGGUGGAUGGCGGCCAGGGGGGCGGAUGCUGAUGCGGUGUUUGCAGGCGGCGAUGAGGCAGCGUGUGUAGUGUGUCUGACGGCCCUGGCAGACGUGCUGAUGUUGCCGUGUCAGCAUCUUGUUCUCUGCAGCGCGUGCUGCACGAAGAUGGAAGAAGUCGGCCUUGGACGGCGGCGGACGUGGUCUGAGAGCCGGAGGAGGGCGAGCGUGGGGGGUGGGGAGGAGGCGAGAGACGCGGCGUGUCCGGUUUGUAGGGGGAGGGUGACGGAGAAGGUUACGGUGAAGAGGUGCUAG